GUUGAAGCUUCAAUGUUCUUAAUCACUAAUCACAAGAAUAUGAUAGGCUCACUCGACGCUCCGAACGCGGCCUAAAACGGCUUACGACGGUCUUUAUCAAAAGUUUUGCAUACUAUCUACCUGGUAUGCAUCUCUCCAUCUUGUCGUCCAAUGAACGAUCAGCGCAACCUCGGUAGCUCAAUUAAUCUCCGCAAAAGUUGUACAAAUUUCAAUGCAACUUUUUGUGUAUACAUGUGGCUUUGAUGUCAUCAUAGCUAUUAUUAUUGCCUUCUAGCUAUUCGAAGAGAGCACGAUUUAAUCUUCAAAUCGAGCCAUUAGUAACCCACUUCAAGUCUCCGUAGUGCUACCACUUAUACCUUAUGGCGUCCCGAACUCGGUAGCAAGUAACGACCGUUUAUCUGACGACGAGAGACCUAUUUUGUUUUCUUUUUUUCUUUCCUAAACGAAGCCGAGACUAGGCAGGUAAGAAAAUUGAAAAAAAAGAAGAAAAAAAAUCUCACGAUGUCUACCUCGGUGUCGCUCCACGUUCUUGCAAGGAGGGGAGCCGCAUCAAUUCGAUCAAAAGCCCCUAGGAGAAUACCCAAGGCUUCAUAUUCAUAUUCCUCGAUAGCUGCAUCUAAAUUACGAUAUGCUGCAGCUGCGACACCUUUUUCUCCCUUUGCUCGACAGACUCCUCGCGCAUUUAGCACCACUCGUCCGAGAUUAUUCGCGGCCGCUGACGAAAGUUUUGACCCUAAGAGCAUCGAGCGGGAGAGCGACGAGGUCGAUGUUUGCAUCGUUGGUGGAGGUCCCGCUGGUUUGAGUGCUGCGAUACGUCUGAAGCAACUUGCCAAUGAAAAUGGCAACGAGGACUUCAGAGUAUUAUUACUAGAAAAAGCUGGUGAAAUUGGUGCCCAUAUUCUCUCCGGAGCUGUUAUAAACCCGGUUGCCGUGAAAGAGCUUUUCCCCGACUGGCUCGACGAGGCGAAUGAGAAUCGAUUUCAAUAUGCGACACCCGCGACGGGGGACAAGAUGAGAUUUUUGACCAAGUCCAGCGCAAUCCCUUUGCCUGCCCCGCCGCAGAUGCAUAAUGACGGUAAUUACAUCGUCAGUUUAAACCAAUUCACAAAAUGGCUUGGAGAGAGGGCAGAGGAGGUUGGCGUCGAAGUUUAUCCUGGAUUCGCUGCGUCUGAGGUCUUGUACCAGCCCGACGGGUCUGUCCUGGGUGUCGCGACAAACGACCUCGGCAUAGGCCGAGAUGGAAAGCCGAAGGACAACUUCGAAAGAGGAAUGGAGUUCCAUGCCCGAGUUACGCUAUUUGCCGAGGGCUGUCAUGGAAGUUUAACGAAGCAAGUUAUUCAGAAGUUCGACCUGAGAAGGGAUAGCCAGCACCAAACGUACGGUUUAGGAGUAAAGGAAGUCUGGGAAAUACAACCAGAGAAGUUCCGCAAGGGCGAGGUAGUCCAUUCUAUGGGCUACCCCUUACCUCUAGACACGUAUGGUGGUGGGUGGAUGUACCACUUUGGAGAUAACUUGGUCAGUAUCGGACUUGUCGUAGCUUUGGAUUACCGAAAUCCUUGGUUGUCACCUUAUGGCGAAUUUCAAAAGAUGAAACAGCACCCUUUAUAUAGGUCUGUUUUAGAGGGUGGGAAGUGUAUCUCCUAUGGUGCGAGAGUUCUGAGCGAGGGUGGCUUCCAAUCCAUUCCUAAGGUGGCUUUCCCUGGUGGUGCAUUGAUCGGCGACUCCGCUGGCUUCGUCAACGUACCACAAGUCAAGGGUACCCAUAAUGCCAUGAGGACGGGUAUGUUGGCUGCGGAUGCAGCUUGGGACGCAUUGGCUAAAGGGGACGUGGGAUCUGUUUUCUUGUACAACUACGAAGAUGCUCUCCGGAAAUCUACCGUCUGGAAGGAGUUGAAGGAGGUUCGGAACAUGCGUCCCGCAUUUCAAACCCCCUUGGGAACUCUCGGCGGUGUUGUAUACUCUGGCUUGGAGGCUUUCGUUCUCAAGGGUCGCGUCCCUUGGACCCUAAAACAUAGACAUACCGACUAUGCCGCCACGAAGAGUGCGGAUUCAUUCCCAAAGAUCGAAUACCCUAAGCCUGAUGGGAAGAUCUCAUUUGAUAUCCUAACGAGUGUCUCGCGCACAGGGACUAACCACGAGGAAGACCAACCCGUUCAUCUUCAAGUUAAAGACUGGGAUGCGCAUACUCAGGAGACGUGGCCUAUUUACAAAGGCCUGGAGAAUCGCUUCUGUCCCGCGGGUGUUUACGAAUAUAUCGAAGAUGACUCGAAGCCUUUAGGUGUAAGGUUCCAGAUUAACGCCCAGAACUGUAUUCACUGCAAGACAUGCGAUAUCAAGGCACCUCACCAAGAUAUCAACUGGACCGUACCCCAAGGUGGUGAAGGACCGAACUACUACAUGACGUGAGAAGAAAAAGGAAUCGCGUAAUGCCUGCUAUUACAAAAAGGAUAAAAGAUAAAAGAUAAAAGAUGCUCGGUAUCUUGGUGUUUUGGGAAAGGUCUAGCCUGGACUCUGGGUGAACAAGGAGUAUGAUUCAUGGAUUACGGCGAUAUGCGAACUCAACUUUUCGGUGUAUCAACAUGACCUCGUCGGCGGUGGAUCAGUAAAUGUAGAUCGUAUUAAAAACGAGAGUCACGCUGUAUUAAGAGGAAGAGGCGUAUUUGGAUAUAUUCAACUGUAU